GCACGGUGCAUAAGUAUGCUUCGUACACCCCCUCCUUUGUCAUACACCCCCAAUUCCAAAACCCAUCUCCACAGCCCAACUCCUUUGCGGCCCUCUCCAAACGAAAACGAAAACCAUUUUCAUCACCCUCGCCAUUUUCAUCACCAUCGCAUAAACGGAAACCAUUUUCAUCAUCACCGUCGCCAUCAACAUCACCCUCGCCGGAAAUCAUCAAAACCCAUCAAAGCUCAACAUCAUCACCAUCGCCAUCAUCGUCACCCUCGCCGGAAAUCAUCAAAACCCAUCAAAGCUCAACAUCAUCACCAUCGCCAUCAUCAUCAACGCAUAAAUCAUCUUUCAUCGCCAUCAUCCUCGCCGGAAAUCAAAGCCCAACAUCACUGUAUCAUCAUUAUCAUCAAAAUGAAACGAAAUCAGGUGCAAAAAUCUAAGAACUUAUCGCCAUUGCCAUCCUUCAGUAUUGGAUUGACACAAUUGGAGGAGGAAAAACGGAAUGUAACUGGUUCAUCAUCUCGUGGUGAUAAAAAUCAACCGCGGAAAACGAGAGAGGCGAAAGGAAAGGAAAAGAAGCAGCAUGUGAAGAAAGAAGAAAAGAAGCAUAAAAAAAUGGGGACGAAGGAAGUUCGAAUGAUGAAAAUGUGAAGCAAACUAAGGUCGAGGCUUCAAAUUUGAUAGCAAAUUUUGCUAUCUUUCAAUUGAAAGUAUAAAAUUGAUUACUACUUUAGUUUCCCUUAUAUUAUGAUACUAGUGGAAUAUUGAAAGAUUAAAAAGGAUUGCUACUUUGUUUUUUUUUUUUGUUACAAUUGCUACUUUGCUUGAUUGUAUAUACAUGCUCGAUAGUCUUCUAUGAGAAACCAAAAUACUUGUCUAA